AUGUAUACCUUCAAUACUAUUGCAAGCUUAGUGCUGUUUGCCGUGACUUGGCAGUUCGUUGGCGCCACGACACUUACGUGUGAUCCCACUUGGAAUUCUGUACCGUUAGGUACCAAUGGAGGAAGGACAUCGUGUCAGGUUGAAAACCAAUAUUAUGGUUGUUACGCAGAGGACUGUUGGACUGGUACACAACCACCAAAGGGAACCAAGAAUACUUUGAGGAUUGUCUUCACAGACUGUUACAGGUAUACUAACGAGUUUGGGAAUUCCAAGCAGGAGAAAACAUCAGUCAAGGUUUGGGCAAUGGCUUACUAUAUGAUUCGGAAAAAAGGCCAUGUCAAUGUGAUGGGAUUUGAAGAAGGGAAGGCCGACCCAAACCUCAUGGCAGGAUUCAGAUGUCAUGAUGUGAACACUCCAUUGGCACAAUGCCCAUCGGACAGUUGUAGUCUGACUAACGUCCAUUAG